CUAGAGUGCGCAUGAGCGACUCCAUCACCGUCAAGGCGGACGGUUUCCAUGGCGCGAAUCAAUGUACAAACAAAUCGUAGCGAAAACUUCCUGCCCGAUAAAAAACAAUCACAAACGUCUUGACUGCUGGUGCAGUGGAAGUUUUUUCUUUGUGGUUUGCCAAAUCCCAUCGCAAUGGACAUAUCCACCAAACCCGUAUUUUCGUUCUCCCUCAACUACAAAGUGUUCGAAAAGCUGGUGACCUGCGGGAAGUACGACGGGAUCCAUUCCUGUUUGACCAUGGUCACAACGGCGGACAAGAUUCUAAUCCACACGCCCCACAAACGCUACGGGCUGCAAAACUCGAAGCUCUCGAUUUCGGAAAUCAAAAAUGACAUCGCACUGCUUAACAUGAACUUUCCGAUACGGGCGAUCGUGGCCGGGCGGCUGAAGAAGGACGACGAACGCGACGUGCUGGUGAUUGGAAGUCCUUCGCAUGUGCUAGCGUACCAUGUGGAUGAAAAUUGUAACAUGUUUCAGAGAGAUUUCCACGAGGGCGUACGGUCUGCCGUGAUCGGUGGCUACGCAAACCAACCGGGCAAUACGCUGAUCGUUGGCGGCAAUGGUACGUAUAUGGGUCGAUCGAAACAUUUAUUUUACACUAGAAUAUCAUUAUUAAUCGCAACAGGGCUGCCUAGGUAUGCUUUUUUACGCAAUCACAAACAAAACUACCGGUCAAGUGGUUACGGGUGUGCUGGUCAAAAGAGUCCAAAAUACAGCAAAGCAAAUAAUUCUAUUUAUUUCAACAUGCUAACGCUGCACAACGUUGCCGAUGAGGAAAUGAACGCUCUGCUGACUCAGAAGCAGAAACUGCUGCUCGAGCUGAAGCACUACGAAAACAACAUCAAGUACAACAAGGAAAUCCUGAGCAACACGAGCGAAAGCAAUCUGGUGCAGAGUGUGCCGGACAACGUCGGCAUCAUACCGUCCAACACGCGGCUACAGAUCGGCAUUUCCACCAGCUACGAUAGCAACGAUAUGAACAUCGACAUCACCGUGUCGACCAACAACUCGACCACGAUCCGUGGCGUGUUGAUCUUUGCCGAUCAGCUGUUCAAGGAGGAAUCGCUGAUCGCGCACCUGACGAAGGACGUUUCGCGCAUACUGAUACCGCUCAAGACGCUCAAGGACAAUGCGCAGGACAUUCACAUCAAAGCGUUCGUCGGCUACCCGAGCAGUGUGCAGUUUCACGUGUUUGAACUGACCCGUCAGCUGCCCAAGUUUGCGAUGUACACCAUACCGCACAAUCUGACCGGGUCACCGAAGAGUGUGUAUGAAGUGAAGAUCAUCUGAUUAUUUUAAACCGCCAACACGUGCUUGCAUGCAUAAGUCAUCGACAUUCGACCCCAAAACCGAAUGCCCGAACCAGUUUUGCUGUGUGGUGUGGUGGUGGUGCUGGAUGGAAAACUGUGAUUUGUGUUGUACGCCUUAACCGUUCGUACGGAUGCAGUGCUAAAGCCCAGUGAUGGAUUCCUUUUUCGGCUUCGAUACCAGUCUGCCGGGUGAGAACGACGAGGAGUAGGAGGAGGAGGAAGCUCGCCGAUUCUUCCAGGCAGCACCGCGGCGCACCGCCGAACUGCAUUCGCCGCUGCAGCGGCGCCGAUGCAAAGAAGACAUCUCGGA